AUGGUAGUUUCAUCAGCCGAAGAUGAAGUUCAUAGGAAACAAAAAGGAGCUGCUGGUUCACAAGACGAGGACUCGAACCGACGGCUGCAGUAUCUGGAGAGAAGCAUGGAGAUGUUAAAGAAACAACACUGUGAAAUUUUACAAAGUCUGCACCAGGAAAUCGAUGAUUUGAAACGACAGAACAAAGAUCUGAAUUUCAAGAUUAUCAUGUCACAGAAAGACUCAAGGUCCUCACUUGCCUGUGAUGUCAGUGGCACAGAAGGUGACGGUGGAAAUGACGACAAAACAGUUCUGACAGAAGAACAGAGAAGAGGAACAGAAGAAAGAACCGAUGAUGGUGAUGACAAACAUGGUGAUGACGAUGUCAAUGAUGACAACGAUGGCCAGCAAAGACUAAGUGUGUUGAGUGUAGACCGGCAAGAGGGAGAAGAUGUCAAGGAUGUGAUUGUGGGCGAGCGCAGUGACCUCAGCGACUUGAGCCAUCUUGGUGACCUGGUUGAGGGGAACAAGCUGUCUGACCUCACUGAUGCAGCUCUGAGCCAAGAAGGUGGAAUUCAAGAAACACAGAACAGGGAACUGAAGAUGGAUAAAGGGGCUCCAGGACACACCAGUCAUAUCAACAAAAUUCUGACGAUUGAGUCUCUGCGAUUCCAACUCGCCCAGUUUGGCGCCAAUUUCCACAACGAUGUGAAGUUUACUGGUCACCAUUCAGCAAUGCAUCCCUACAUCACCACCAACUCCCACAUGAACCAACACAUGUCCAUACUGGAGCUGCAGAACAUGAUAAAAGAUUUGCAGGAGGUCAACGACAGCCAAUCACACGAGCUUCAAGCACUAAAGUCUGACCUCAGGGAUGUCUUGUACUCACACAAGUGGACACCAGAUGCCUACCUCAUAGCUAAGGCAUAUAUCGCUUUCGAUGAUGCUAAGGCAGCUCAGAAGGACCGAAGUAAACCAUUGAGGUCGACACCUAAACUGCUCUCAAAGAAGGAGCUGGAGGAACGUGGAGCCGCCUCUGUAGCCGACAACCUCACAUUACCUCCUCUGAAGCAGACGGUGGGCAAUGCCGCAGUGGAACGACGGAAGCGAACUCGAACUCUGCAGAAACGGCGGCUAAAAGACAGGGAAAUGAUGUUUUGAAAAACAAGCAAGCAUCCUCUGGAUCCCCACUCCCGACACCCCUUCCCUGCCCCCUGCCUCUGUACAACUGCACUCACGACCAUAUCCCACUCUCCCACCCAAUCCAUUGUACCCUGUUCUGCCCCGCUGGACUGCUCUGCUGCCUCUUUCACUUUCACUUUCAUCGUCAUCGUCAUCAUCAUCAUCAUCAGUAGCAAUGUCAUCAUCGUUGUCAUUAUCGUCAUUUGUUUCUUUUGUCUUUCUUUCUCCCUUUCUUUUCCUCUUCUCUUUCAGUUGACCAUGAGGUGGCGGUGGUGGCGGCGGCGGCGGCGGUGGGGAUGGCAAGAAGAACAAAGAGGAAGUCCUUUUUCACAUACACAUACACACAUAUGCACCCAUGCACACACACACACACACAUAUGCACAUGCACACACACACACACACAUGCUUGUGUACACUCACCCAUGCAUACACAUGCACACACAUACACACGUUUAUUCACAUGUGCAUGUUCACACGCACACACAUAUAUACACACACACACACAUAUAUACACACACAAACGCACAAAUGUAAGUGCAUACAGACAUACAUAUGCAUGUAAGCAUGCACACACACACACACACACACACAUAUACUUGCAUGUAUAUACGCAGGUACGCAUGCAUACACACACACACACACACUUGCACAUACUCAAACACACACAUACACACAUGUAUUUACAGACACACAUACACGCAGCCAUAUACACACAUGCA